GCUGCUUAAGCUGAAGUCUCCUGGGAUGGGCAAAAGAAAGAAAGUGCUUUGGGAAAAAAGAUUGGAUUGUAGUCAGAUGCUUGUCAUGCUGUUUGUGUCCUCAUGGUGCCUAUAUUGUUGUAAAAGUGAACACGAGUUUGGGAAAUGAGACAUAAUUCUUAUGCUGCUGUUUAUUCCAUUGCGCUAACAUUUUGCCAGCUCCCAGGAUCCCCCAGGAUUAGCCACAAUGGCCAGCACAGGCUCUCCAGGGAGCUGUGCAGAGGGAAAUCUCCAGGCAAAAAACACUGCAUUAUUGCAGUUUUCCCCUCAAAUACUCAAUGAGCUGGCUGACCACUCGGCUUCAGAAUGGGUUAACGCUGACAUCAAAAGCAGACUUAUGCCAGUGGGGGUGGAGUCAAGUGCCCAGGAAGCGGGGCAAUCGCUCACACUUUCUGGAGGUUUAGCUUCUUCCUGAGCUGUGCUCCCAGAUCUCCUUCAGCUGAGUGUAUACUAAGCUGACUCUUGAUUCAAGAAGAAAGCAGGAAAAAAAAAAGAAGAAACAGAGAGUGGUGGAGAAAGAUGCAGAUCCAGAAACAACCCUUUUGGCCUACCUGAGAAGAAAGUUGGGGCUGAAAGGGACCAAGCUGGGCUGUGGAGAAGGGGGCUGCGGAGCUUGCACGGUGAUGCUUUCCAAGUAUGAUCGUCUCCAGGACAAGAUCGUUCACUUUUCUGCCAAUGCCUGCCUGGCCCCCAUCUGCUCCUUGCACCAUGUUGCUGUGACGACUGUGGAAGGAAUCGGAAGCACCAAGACGAGGCUGCAUCCUGUGCAGGAGAGAAUCGCCAAAAGUCAUGGCUCCCAGUGCGGGUUCUGCACCCCCGGCAUCGUCAUGAGCAUGUACACGCUGCUUCGGAACCAGCCCGAGCCCACUGUUGAGGAGAUUGAGGAUGCCUUCCAAGGAAACCUGUGCCGUUGUACAGGCUACAGACCCAUCCUCCAGGGCUUCCGGACCUUCGCUAAGGAUGGUGGAUGCUGUGGAGGAAAUGGGAACAACCCAAACUGCUGCAUGAACCAGGAGAAAGACCACAAGCAGGUCACUCUCUCGCCAUCUUUAUUCAACCCAGAGGAGUUCAUGCCCCUGGAUCCCACCCAGGAACCCAUCUUUCCCCCAGAGUUGCUGAGGCUGAAAGACAUUCCGCAGAAGCAGCUGCAUUUUGAAGGGGAGCGUGUGACCUGGAUACAGGCCUCAACCCUGAAAGAGCUGCUGGACCUCAAAGCGCAGCACCCCGAGGCCAAGCUGGUGGUGGGGAACACGGAGAUUGGCAUUGAGAUGAAGUUUAAGAAUCAGCUGUUUCCUGUGAUCAUUUGCCCAGCUUGGAUCCCUGAGCUGAAUUCAGUGGAGCACGGACCAGAGGGUAUCUCCUUUGGAGCCGCUUGCCCCCUGAGCUCUGUGGAAAAGACCCUGCUCGAUGCCGUCGCUAAGCUUCCCACCCAGAAAACGGAGGUGUUCAGAGGCGUCCUGGAGCAGCUGCGCUGGUUUGCUGGGAAGCAGGUCAAGUCUGUGGCAUCCAUUGGAGGGAACAUCAUCACAGCCAGCCCCAUCUCCGACCUCAACCCUGUGUUCAUGGCCAGCGGGACCAAGCUGACCAUCGUGUCCAGAGGCACCAGAAGAACAGUUCCGAUGGACCACACCUUCUUCCCCAGCUACAGAAAGACCCUGCUAGGUCCAGAGGAGAUACUGCUCUCCGUUGAGAUCCCCUACAGCAGGAAGGGUGAGUUUUUCUCAGCAUUCAAGCAGGCCUCCCGGAGAGAAGAUGACAUAGCCAAGGUGACCUGUGGCAUGAGGGUCCUGUUCCAGCCAGGAACCCUGCGGGUCAAGGAGCUGGCCCUCUGCUAUGGCGGAAUGGCAGACAGAACCAUCUCAGCCCUGAAGACCACGCAGAAGCAGCUGUCGACGUUCUGGAAUGAGAAGCUGCUGCAGGACGUGUGUGCAGGCCUGGCAGAGGAGCUGUCCUUGUCUCCAGAUGCACCGGGUGGCAUGACUGAGUUCCGGCGCACCCUCACCCUCAGCUUCUUCUUCAAGUUCUACCUGACGGUGUUGCACAAGCUGGGCAAAGAGGAUUCAGAAGAUAAGUGUGGUAAACUGGACCCCACCUAUUCCAGCGCCACCUUACUCUUUCGCAAAGACCCUCCGACCAACACCCAGCUCUUCCAAGAGGUGCCCAAGGGUCAGUCUGAGGAGGACACGGUGGGCCGGCCCCUGCCCCACCUGGCUGCAGCCCUGCAGGCUUCUGGGGAGGCUGUGUACUGUGAUGACAUCCCUCGCUAUGAGAAUGAGCUGUUCCUCCGGCUGGUCACCAGCACCAGGGCACACGCCAAGAUCAAGUCCAUUGAUAUUUCAGAAGCUCAGAAGGUACCAGGAUUUGUUUGCUUUCUCUCUGCUGAUGAUAUUCCUGGCAGUAACGAAACUGGGCUUUUUAAUGAUGAGACAGUCUUUGCCAAGGAUAAGGUGACUUGUGUUGGGCACGUUGUUGGUGCAGUGGUCGCCGAUACCCCAGAACAUGCACAGAGAGCUGCCCAUGGGGUGAAAGUCACCUAUGAAGAUCUUCCAGCCAUUAUCACGAUUGAGGAUGCUAUAAAAAACAAUUCCUUUUAUGGAUCUGAGCUGAAGAUUGAGAAAGGAGACCUCAAGAAGGGGUUUUCAGAAGCAGAUAAUGUUGUUUCAGGUGAGUUGUACAUCGGUGGCCAAGAGCACUUCUACCUGGAGACUCACUGUGCCAUUGCUGUUCCAAAAGGCGAGGCAGGGGAGAUGGAGCUCUUUGUAUCCACACAGAACACCAUGAAUACCCAGUCCUUUGUUGCAAAAAUGUUGGGGGUUCCAGUAAACCGGAUUUUGGUCCGAGUGAAGAGAAUGGGAGGAGGCUUUGGAGGGAAGGAGACCCGGAGCACCGUGAUAACUGUGCCUGUGGCCCUGGCUGCAUACAAGACUGGCUGCCCUGUGCGCUGCAUGCUGGAUCGUGAUGAGGACAUGCUGAUAACUGGCGGCAGACACCCCUUCUUGGCCAGAUACAAGGUUGGCUUCAUGAAGACGGGGAAGAUUGUGGCUCUGGAGGUGGACCACUACAGCAAUGCUGGGAACAGCCAGGACCUUUCUCACGGUAUAAUGGAACGAGCUCUCUUCCACAUGGACAACAGCUAUAAAAUCCCCAACGUCCGGGGCACUGGGCGGCUGUGCAAGACCAACCUGCCCUCGAACACGGCCUUCCGGGGCUUUGGGGGCCCUCAGGCCUUGUUCAUUGCCGAGUACUGGAUGAGUGAAGUCGCGGUGACCUGUGGGCUACCUGCAGAGGAAGUGCGGAGGAAGAACCUGUACAAAGAAGGGGACCUGACACACUUCAACCAGAGGCUUGAGGGGUUCAACUUGCCCAGGUGCUGGGAUGAAUGCCUGAAGAGCUCUCAGUACCACUCUCGGAAGAGUGAGGUUGACACGUUCAACAAGGAGAAUUGUUGGAAAAAGAGAGGAUUGUGCAUAAUUCCCACCAAAUUUGGAAUAAGCUUCACAGUUCCUUUUCUGAAUCAGGCAGGAGCCUUGAUCCAUGUGUACACAGAUGGCUCUGUGCUGGUGAACCACGGGGGCACGGAGAUGGGCCAAGGCCUUCAUACCAAGAUGGUCCAGGUGGCCAGCAGAGCUCUGAAGAUCCCCACCUCUAAGAUCUACAUCAGUGAGACAAGCACUAACACUGUGCCCAACUCCUCUCCCACGGCUGCCUCUGUCAGCACCGACAUCUACGGACAGGCUGUCUAUGAAGCCUGCCAGACCAUCCUGAAAAGGUUGGAACCCUUUAAGAGAAAGAAUCCCAGUGGCUCCUGGGAAGACUGGGUCAUGGCUGCCUACCGGGGUACAGUGAGCUUGUCUGCGACUGGGUUUUACAGGAUGCCUAACCUCGGCUACAGCUUUGAGACAAACUCAGGGAAUGCCUUCCACUACUUCACCUAUGGGGUGGCUUGCUCUGAAGUGGAAAUUGACUGCUUAACAGGAGAUCAUAAGAACCUCCGCACAGACAUCGUCAUGGAUGUUGGGUCCAGUCUGAACCCUGCCAUUGACAUUGGACAGGUGGAAGGGGCAUUUGUCCAGGGCCUGGGCCUCUUCACCCUGGAGGAGCUGCACUACUCCCCCGAGGGGAGCCUGCACACCCGCGGCCCCAGCACCUACAAGAUCCCUGCCUUUGGCAGCAUCCCCACUGAGUUCAGAGUGUCCCUGCUCCGUGACUGCCCCAACAAGAAGGCCAUCUAUGCAUCGAAGGCUGUCGGGGAGCCGCCCCUCUUCCUGGGCGCCUCCAUCUUCUUUGCCAUCAAGGAUGCCAUCCGCGCAGCUCGAGCUCAGCACGCAGAUAAUAACACAAAGGAGCUUUUCCGGCUAGACAGCCCAGCCACCCCGGAGAAGAUCCGCAAUGCCUGCGUGGACAAGUUCACCACUCUGUGUGUCACUGAUGAACCUGAAAACUGUAAACCCUGGUCUCUGAGGGUCUGAAGAAAAAGCCCCAUCAUAGUCUUCUUAUCCCUCUGGGGAUUCCAUGGAAGACGGAAUUUGCCCUGCAGACCAUGAAUCUAUAAAAGUUGCAGGAUGACAACGGUGUGAUUCAUCAGGACGGUGUUUGGAACAACAGUGAAUGCGUUGGAAGAUUUUGAUCAAAAAUAUGAUUUAUAAACACAGGAUAAGCAAAUUCAGAACUGUUAGGCCCAAGUGGCUAAUAGGCAGUUAGUAUCAUUUCAUGUCGGUUUUAAUCAUGUCUUUGAAAUAGGUUUAGGAAGUGUUUGUGCUAUGUCCAAGCUCACUGCACAGCCUGUAUAACCUCAAGUGUUGACAGGGUCUGUCCUUCAAAGAGGAUUGCCAUAAGCCUCCAGAAGCUUAAACCAAAGUUGCUCUAAAUCGGUGUCUUCCUCAGAAAGCCUUUCCUUCGAAUCAAUGAACAUCCCGUUAUAACCUCAGAUCUACACUCAGAUUUGAAAGGGGACAGUGGGGUGAGAGUCAAACCUCUAAUCACUUCAUUGGAGAGAAUAAAGAAUGAAACAAAUUCA